UAUGUGAAUGAAAAUUGCUGCCGAAGAAUAAUCGUGCCCUAAUCAAUUGGAUUGGAUCUUAAGUAAUUAAAAUCGAGUCUUCAGGAGUGUGUUUUGUCAAGCCCUAAAUCCGCUCAGGAAAAAGAAAUUGAGACACAGAUUAAAAAUUUUCAGAUUUUAUAACCAGAGUGUGUGAUUUUUGGCGAUUAAUCUGCACCUCGAUAAAAAUGUUCGAUUUCGUAAAAAAUUCCGGUCAUCUGAUCUGAAUCGGAUCGCUCUGCCUCGUGAGUACCAAUAAAUCGAAUAUUUUAUUCUGAUGCUUGUAAAAUUGGUAUUCAUCCAACAAUCAAGAUCAAGGUAAUCUGUAUUAUAUUGAGCAAAACUUGUACACAAAUUAGUCAUGGAGAUGCAGUGCAAGGAUGGACCAGCGCCGUUGGGAAAACUGUUCAAGCAGGGUGCAGAGGGUAGAAUAUUUGAGAUUAUGUUUAUGGGAAGAAAGGCCAUUAUCAAGGAGCGUUUCUCAAAGAAGUAUAGGCAUCCUAUUUUGGAUUCAAAAUUGACCUUAAAACGUCUUUAUGGGGAAGCACGAUGCAUGACCAAAGCUAGAAGGCUUGGUGUGGCAACUCCAACUCUUUUUGCCCUGGAUUCUGAGAUGCAUACGCUUACAUUUGAAUACAUAGACGGCCCUUCUGUCAAAGAGGUGCUUUUGCAAGCAGGGUCACUCCCUGGUUAUGGGGAACAAAUAGAGGACAUUGCUGUGCAGAUAGGUAGGGCUGUUGGACAGUUACAUGAUGGAGGCUUGGUGCAUGGCGAUCUUACCACAUCAAAUAUGAUAAUUCAUGGUGAUUCCAAACAGUUGGUUUUGAUUGAUUUUGGUCUUAGUUUCAUCUCUACAUUGCCAGAAGAUAAGGCUGUGGACUUAUAUGUACUUGAGAGAGCAUUGUUGUCAAUGCAUUCUUCUAGCGGGAAUGUUAUGGAAAGAGUACUUGCUUCUUAUAGAAAAUCAUCGAAGCAAUGGUCUGCUACCCUUAAUAAGCUAGCUCAAGUUCGUUUGCGUGGUAGGAAGCGAACAAUGGUGGGCUGACAAUUGCGAUGCAUUAUAAAUGCUAUUCUAACUGUAAAUUUGUUACUGAUAUGAUUGUUAGCUAUCAAUCUUCAAGAAUUCUCUAAUCUGAUUCCAGGCUUUACAUUUUCUCAUAAAAAAAAAAAGAUUUUGUUUAUAAAAAUCACGGCAUUUAAAAUUACCUAA